UUUCAAGUUUCAACACUUUGUAGUCGGAAUCGAAAGAGUGAGUUAAAUUCGGAAUUGGAAACGAAUAAUUUUGAUUUAAGUGUUAUGAGACAAAAUUAAAAAAUAUUCUACACACCCUUCAAGUUAUAGUGUGAGUGAGCAUCUCAUCCGAUCCAGUUGCCGCAUAAAAUUUAAAAUCUUAUCUGCAUUCACAGUACGCGAGAGAAGAUACAUAAUAUCCUGAGAUUGUUUUUUUGUCAUCAAUGAAUAUGCAGUGAAAUGAAAUCAUAAUGCGUUACAAUUUAUUCGCGUUAGUACUAGUGGCUCAAUAGACACGGUAGCGGUGACUACUACUGAAUAAAAUGCCUUUUGUAAACAUAAAGAAGCAAUAUAUAGCAAUCGGCAUGUUAGUUUUUGUGGCUUUAUUUUUCUUCAAUACUCGACCGGCUUUCCAGUGUCAGAUAACUCAGGAAGUGAAUACAUACUUGCCUACAAUUUAUGGCAUUACACCAACCUAUGCCCGACUUGCACAAAAGGCUGAUCUCACAAGAUUAUCACAGACACUUAUGUUAGUUCGAAAUUUUCACUGGGUUAUUAUUGAAGAUUCUGAAACUAAAACUAAGCUAGUUGAGAAUCUAUUAAAAGAAUCUACAUUAAAAUACACUCACCUCAAUGUCAAGACGCAGAAAUCGAAACAUUCCACUGCAAGUGGUGUCGAGCAAAGAAAUGCAGCUUUGAGCUGGCUUCGAGAUCAUUUACGGCAAGCAGAAGACAAAAAGGGUGUUGUAUACUUUAUGGAUGACGACAAUACCUAUGCAUUAAAAGUCUUUGAUGAGAUGCGAAAAAUUAAAAAAGUGGGCGUUUGGCCCGUCGGAAUCGUUGGUGGUAUGAGAGUGGAGAUGCCUUUAGUCACCGAUGGGAAGGUGACCGGCUUCAAUGCAGUUUGGAAGUCGUUUAGACCAUUCCCGAUUGACAUGGCUGGAUUUGCAAUUAAUGCAACGUUGUUUUUGAACCAUCCAGAGGCGAAAUUCUCGAGGAAAGUCCAAUCUGGUUUUCAGGAAAGCGAGAUACUGAAGUACUUCACCACUCGAGAGGAAUUAGAACCUUUGGCCGACAACUGCACUAAAGUAUACGCUUGGCACACGCGAACCCAAAAACCCUCAAUAACGAACCCCAAAAAAUUAAAAACCCCACCCAUACCCGACGAUCAUAUCGAGGUCUGAAGAUUCAACCGUAACCAAUAGGCAAAUCGUCAGAAAUUUCAAAAAUUUAAGAUUUCUUGAAUCGAGUUUCAUUGGGUAAGUCUACUUUGACAGAUGACUUGAUUGAUCGACCAUAGACAAGCGUACGAAAUUUCACACUUACUGUUUUAAACUACAUAAAAUUACAGUUUUACAUAGAUUGGACUUUAUCGCCUAUUAAACAGAAGACCCUAUUUCUGAA